AUGAAGUUCUCACCAAGCGACCUAGCCAUCUGCGAAACGUGCGGGACACAAUACGACGUUCCAUUGUCGCAGCACCCUGAAACAUGCCGCAUCUGCGAUGAUCCCCGUCAAUACGUCCCAGCCUCCGGCCAAUCCUGGACCAAUCUCGCCAACAGCCAACAGACCCAGAAAAACGUCUUUGAAACCGACCCCAAGGAUGCUCGAAUCCACUACAUCAGCACUCAACCUCUAACCCCUUCGGAGCUGCCUGCCGGUCUCGCCGAUUCCAGCACUACCCGCAAGCAACUCGGUAUCGGACAACGCGCCAUCUUGCUCCAGACAAGCCACGGCAACGUACUCUGGGACUGCAUUGCGCUGCUGAACCCACAGACAAUCGACUUUAUCAAUUCAAAAGGCGGGCUGAAAGCGAUUGUAAUUAGCCACCCGCACUUCUACACCACGCACCUUGAGUGGGCAGAGGCAUUCGGGUGUCCCGUGUACACAUGCCGCGACGACGCUCAAUGGCUUAACCGCGAGGACAAGCGUGGGGUGAGGAAGCUGGUGGGUGGUGUAACGCCGAUUGAAGAGGUGGAGGGGAAGGUUAAGAUGGUACAGUGUGGUGGCCAUUUUGAAGGGAGUUCGGUGGCGCAUUGGGACGGGAAGUUGUUUAUUGCUGAUACGUUUAUGAGUGUGCCUUCUGGCUUCAGCAACGCCCAACGUAUCCCGGAUACAACAUCUUAUUCUUUCAUGUGGGCGUAUCCAAAUAUGAUACCUCUACCUCCGCCUGCUGUGCUGGCUAUUUGGAAGGCGAUUAAGCCGUUUGAGUUUGACAGUACGUAUGGAGGUUUUGCGGGGCAGAAUUUGAGCCGUCCGGAUUUGAAGGCGCAGGUACUGGAGAGUAUGAAGAUUUUUCUGAGGAGGGGUGGGCAUGAGGGGGCGGAGAUUUUUGGGGAGAGUGUGUAG